GUCGUUCGGAUAGCACGGGAGCAUGCCGGCCGGCGAAACCCAGCCGCUCACUCGGUGCCAGUUCUCCCGACGCGGCGAUGCUUCGUCUCCCCACCCUCACCGCCCUUAAACCCUCGACCCCCGCCAUCUGCUCGAACCCCAUCCGCAUCUGCGGCAGCCAUGGCCGACGCCGCAAACCCCUCCUCGCCUCAUCCGCUCCUCCGCCGCCUUCUUCGUCUUCACGGCCUCCCAAGCCGACCCCGAGCCCGGAACCACCAAAGCCCGCACACGAGGCCCGCAGCCAGAACCCGGAGGACCCAGCCGCCACAGCGUUCCCCACGACCAAGCCCCGGAAGCCGCGGCGCGGGCGCCGCGGCGAGGCGGCGGCCGUGGAGGACUUCGUCCGCGGCCGCCUGGAGCAGGUGUUCGCCUCCAUCCGGGAGCGCGACCCCGAGGUGCUUGAGGGCAAGGGCGACAUCCUGAAGCGGAAGGACGAGGAGCGAAUCCCGGAUGAGGAGGAGGGCGAGGGGUCGGGAGAGAAGGAGCAGAAGCCUGUGGUGGAGGAGGAGGACCCAAGCUGGCCGCUGGACGCCGACAUCGGGUGGGGGAUCCGGGCGUCGGAGUACUUCGACAAGCACUCCAUCAGGAACGUGACGGUGGACGGGGUGGAGAUCGAUUGGGAAGGGGAGGUCGACAAGGGAUGGGUCAAGGAAAUCAAUUGCUUGGAGUGGGAGAGCUUCGCAUUCCACCCCAGCCCCCUGGUCGUCCUAGUCUUCGAGCGCUACAACAGAGCUGCUGACAAUUGGAGGUUUCUUCAAGAAUUGGAAAAGGCUGCUAAGGUAUACUGGAAUGCUAAAGAUCGGUUACCUCCUCGGACUGUAAAAGUUGAUAUAAAUAUCGAGAGAGAUUUGGCAUAUGCACUUCAAGUAAGAGAAUGUCCACAGUUAUUGUUCCUUAGGGGAAACAAGAUCUUAUACAGAGAGAAAGAGAUAAGGACUUCAGAGGAGAUAGUUCAAAUGAUUGCCCAUUUCUACUACAACGCAAAGAGGCCACCCUGCGUUAAUCCUGAAGCCGUUGCUUCCCUCUAGCUCCUGUAAAGAAAAGCUGGCAUAUUGUCCUAUUCUCGACUUGGUGGCUUGGUGCUAGUGCCUAUUGCUUUCUGGAAGAAGAGGCUCCUCCAAUUCGAUCAUUUCCCAGGACAUGGUGCUCAGGGAGUGUGGAAUUAAUAUACCUAAAGAAAACCAAGAAAAACCAUCUCAAUGCUUGUUGCCCCAAGUAGGAAAGUUGUGAGCUAAAUCAUUUAUUUUGAUGAGUAGUAGUAUAGUCUAACAAAACAUAGCUUUCAGUUGUUGCUAUGACAUUCUAGAUAGCACGGGGAGAGUACUUAGUUCACUUUCUCCAUAGCCAUACUGUUUAGAAGGUUACAAAGUUGAUUACAAACUUCUACUGAGCAAAUCGGGGCAGAAAUUAAACACUUAUUAUUGUGGUAACUCUUA